AUGGCGAAGAAUUUUGGUGAAUUAAGCCAAUAUAACGUGGCGUCGGGGAAAUGGAAAACAUACAUGGAACAAAUGGAAUUUUUCUUUGUUGCAAAUGACAUCACAAAUGCAAAAAAGAAAAAAGCGAUCUUUUUAGCCCUUUGUGGGACGGAAACCUACACGAUAUUAAAAUCGGUUGCCACACCGAUUAACAUUUUAGAGGAAAAAUUUACAUUUGAGGCGGCAACUAAAUUAUUGACUAGUUAUUUUUGUCCGGCAGAGAAUAUAAUAAUACAAAGGUUUAAAUUUUAUCGGAGAAACCAAAAAGAGGACGAAUCAAUUACCGAAUAUUUGGCAGCGCUAAGGGAAUUGAGCCAAGACUGCAAUUUCAAUGAUUUGGACGAAAUGUUACGAGACAGACUAGUCUGUGGCAUGCGCGAUGAAAAUUUACAAAAGCGGCUUCUGGCGAAUGACCAGUUAACAUUAAAAAUAGCGCAGGAGGAAGCUAUAGCAUCAGAAACAGCACAAAAAAUGCGACGGAACUUAAAACGUCAGCCAGCCUGCCAGGGUUGA